AUGGAGGAGCAACAGAAGAACCAAGAAGGUGAGGAGAUCUCGAGCUAUGUUUCACAGUUGCAUGUUGUUCCUGCAGUUGAUGCUGUCGAAGCCGGUAAAGGGCAACUGGAGAUUAGCGUAAACCAGGGGAAGGUACCGAACAAUGUACAGAUGCAGGGAGCUGGCCGAUGUCUGGUGACGUUCAUACCGCAAUUUCCGGGACAGUAUGUUAUCGAUGUCACCUUCAAUGGCGAACAAGUUUAUGGUAUCCAAUUUAUUGCUCUUCGAACUUUUUUUUUUUGCUUUUUUUUCCUCAUACAGUGCUCAAUUUGAAA